AUGAGACUGUUGCACACGACGGGCGGUGUAAUGCGACAAGUUUCGCAGAGAUUUCAAGGAUCGAAAGUGUUUCAUGGAAAAGGGACACCCACUAUUGGAAUCAGACGAGAAACCGUAAACGCAUGGGAGCGUCGUGCACCACUCGCCCCAACCCACGUGAAGCGUCUAACCAAGUCCGGCGUGAAUGUGCUCAUCCAACCAAGUAACAGACGUGCAUACCCAAUCCAAGACUACAUCUCCGCCGGCGCAAUUGUCAGAGAGGAUUUGAGUGAGGCUCAUAUCAUAAUGUCAGUGAAGAGUGUGCCAAUCGAUCAGUUGAUUCCGAAUAAGACAUAUGCAUUCUUCUCCCAUACCAUCAAGGCACAACAGGACAAUAUGGAGAUGUUGGAUACUAUCUUGCAGAGGAACAUCCGUCUCCUUGACUACGAGAAAAUUGUUGACGACAAGGGAAAACGGCUGGUAAUGUUCGGAAAAUGGGCUGGAAACGCUGGAUUCAUCGACAUCCUCCAUGGAAUCGGACUCCGCCUGCUCGCUCUCGGACACAACACUCCAUUCCUGCAUAUGGGUCUGGCACACAACUAUAAUGACUCUCACAUGGCUAUAAAUGCGUUGAGAGAUAUCGGAUAUGAAAUCGCUUUGGAUAGAAUGCCUCGUUCACUUGGUCCACUGAUCUUCGUGUUCACUGGAUCGGGAAAUGUUAGUCAGGGAGCAAGAGAGCUCUUUGAGCACUUACCACAUGAGUAUGUUGACGUGGCCACUCUUCCGAAGGUCGCGCAGAAAGGACAGUUGAACAAAGUCUAUGGAUGCGUCGUCACACGAAAGGAUCAUUUCGUGCCAAAGCAUGGAGGACCAUUCAACAAACAAGAGUUCGAGCAGUUCCCGGAUAGAUAUACAUCGAAGUUCGCCACAGAGAUCGCCCCGUACGCGUCUGUCAUUAUUAAUGGAGUCUACUGGGAUGCUCAAUCACCACGUCUCAUUACUAUUCCGGAUGCCAAGAACUUGUUGACACCAGUGCAAAGGAAGCCAAAAACUAACCCCACUACAAGUGCAUCGAAAGACGGACUUUAUGACACCCCUGGCUGCCCAACUCUUCCCCACCGUCUCGUUGCUCUCUGCGACAUCUCCGCCGAUCCAGGAGGCUCUGUGGAGUUCAUGCGUGAAUGCACCACAAUCGACAAACCAUUUGCAAUCUACGACGCCGACUUCAACACAUCCUCCGAUUCAUUUGAUGCCGCGUCCGGAUGUCUUGUGUGCUCUAUUGACAACAUGCCAGCACAGAUGCCAAUCGAGGCCACCGAACAAUUCGGAAAUCUUCUGUAUCCGUGGUUGUGGGAUCUUCUGAACACGUCGAAUGAUCAGCAUUUCGAUCGUCUCCAGUGUAGAACUGAAAUCAAGAAUGCCAUCAUUACGGAUCAAGGAAAGCUGACACCAAACUUUGAGUAUAUUCAACAACUCAGACAGGAUAAGGCAGCCGCCGCUUCCUCAAACUCCCGCAUCAUGGGCGGUACCACUGAUAAGCGUGUUCUUCUCCUCGGCGCCGGAAUGGUGUCAGGACCAUUCGCUGACUUCUAUUCGAAACAGAAAGACAUCCAAUUGACAGUUGCCACCGAGACACAACGUGACGGACAGAAACUUCUGGUCUCCCCGAAUAUCCAGUCAGUUGUGGUGGAUGUUGCUAGAGAGAGUCACACCAUGGAACGACUUAUUCGUGAACACGACUUAGUCGUCUCCCUUCUUCCAUUCAACUUCCAUCCAUUGAUCGCCAAGAUGUGCAUCUCGAAUCAGAGAGAUAUGGUCACAUCGAGCUAUGUCUCUCCGGAAUUGGAGGCUCUUGAUAAGGCCGCCAAAGACGCCGAUGUCACAAUCAUGAACGAGGCUGGUCUCGACCCGGGAAUCGACCAUAUGCUCGCCAUGGAAUGUUUCGAUGAUAUCAAGGAGCACGGUGGUCGGGUCACUUCAUUCGAAUCGUUCUGUGGAGGUCUCCCUGCUCCCGAGUGGUCGGAUAACGCACUCCGCUACAAGUUCUCCUGGUCCCCUAAGGGAGUUCUAACGGCUCUCAUGAAUCCAGCAAAGUAUUUGAAGAACGGAAAGAUUGUCGAGGUUCCAUCGGGUUCUGUUGUCGAUAAUCUGAUUGAUAUCGACUUUAUGCCUGGAUUGAAUUUGAUCGGAUUCCCCAACAGAGACUCCACAAAGUAUUCGGAUGUCUAUGGACUUGGAAACGAUUGUAAGACAAUUAUCCGAGGAACAUUGAGAUAUCAGGGAUUCGUGGAGACUGUCAAGGCUCUCCACUCAGUCGGUCUCUUGUCUGGUGACAAUACUGACUCGUUCACCUCGAAUGUCGGUCCAGAUCUCACUUGGAAGGAGCUAGUUGCCUCGCUGAGCAACCAGAAGCUCGACAUUUUCCCGGAUUCUCUUAGACACAUCAUUGAGGAGAAAGUGGGAGCGAAGGGGCUCUCAGCUAUGGAGAAUCUCGGAUUGUUCUCGGAUAAAGUGGUGGAUCGACAUGGAACUCCAAUCGACACCCUCGCUCAGUAUCUUGCAAAGAUUCUUGCAUUCAAGGAGCACGAAUCGGAUCUUGUCGUGUUGAACCAUGAUAUCGGAGCACAAUUGCCAGGUGGAAACUCGGAAAGACAUCGUAUCAGUCUUGUGCAAUACGGUAACCCGAAUGGGUUCUCUGCGAUGGCCAGAACCGUUGGAUACACGACUGCUAUUGUAUCGCAUAUGGUUCUGAACAACGAGAUUCAACGAGCCGGAAUUCAACGUCCGAUUCUGAAGGAGGUCUAUCGUCCAGCACUGAAGCGUCUUCGUGACUUUGGAAUCAUUCCGACACAUACUAUUACUCCAAUGUAG